CGCGGGAAAGAACUUGGACACAAGAGACAAGGUAAACAUUGUACACGUCGCAGCUUCUUCGUUUGUUCCGUCCUCGUCAGCCACUUCCUCGUCGCUGCCUCGUCAGCUUCUUCUUCGUUAGUUGCCUACUUCAUAACUGCCAGUUCUGCUGUUUCCUGCGUCAUUGUCAGCACUCUCGUUGCCUCUUCAUCGUCUCCUCGCCCACUUCUCUUCACCCUUCCUCGUCGGCCACACCAUCACUUACCUUCUCAACAAACGGCUUCAAGGGCAGGAGCUGUACUAGAAAGCUGUUCAAAUGGGAGUGUGCAGCAGUAUGAGAGAAUGUGUAGGUAGCAAGCCACCAUUAGCAGUAUUUGCUGCAAGUAUUGCAGCAUUUGCCAUUGCCCUUGUGGGCGUGUCUCUGUACUUGCAAGGUCACAGAUCGGAAAUUCUAAAUCCAGAUAUAAAGGACUGGAACAGCUUUUAUUCAACUUUGUCAGACAUGAAAAUAUGUUUUCCUGAAAGUGGAGCUUCAAGAGUGACAAAGAUAAGACCAAACAAUGACUUGCCUUCUGUAGUAACACUGAAUUCUGAAAGGAGUGUUAAUGAAACGGAAGCAAAUGUUACACUGAGUAUAUUGGCAGAUGUGCAAGUGGGCAAAGGUGGCAGCACUGUUAUGGGAAUGGCACUUCACUCCCUGUUACCAGCUAAAUAUCUUGGUUUUAAGGGAGACCCGAGUGCACUGGAGGUGAUGAUUGAGUUAGCAUCUAAAACUGCCAAGAACUGGACAGCUUGUAUGAUGUUCUCGGGCCCAGCACACCUGCUGCCUGACUCUCCAGUCGCACCCGCUAAUUGUACAAUACUUAAGGACACUAAUACAGUGGAAGUGAUGAUGGGUCAGCCAUGGCUAGUAAAAGAGUCUGGAGAGUGGUGCAGUGCAGGUGUGGAGGCUGAUCUUAUGGUGACUGCUCAGCAUGAACUCAAUGUCUACUUAUCAGAGGGUGAUGUAACCCUUAUUCAAGUGCAUAUCCUGUAUACAACAUGUCUCCUCUGUGUCAUGAUGCUUGUCCUCCUGUUUUAUUUUGUUUGUGGAAAGCAUUUCAACUCCAGGAAUAAGACUGAAAAGGCUGCUGACAAAUGGCGAGAAGCCGGACCACCCAACAUCUGCAACACGGAAGAGGGCACGGACGACGUCAACGUGAGGACAGCAACGUAGUGGAGCACGGACACAGCCGGCCAGGGCGCGGACCAAGCCCGCACGCUUUGCCUCCCCCUCUACAGAGCCCUCCUCGGCUGGCUCGGACACGGACACCGGGCGCACACCUCAGCUGGACAAUUCGGACAAAGCAACGGGUGGCACAGUGACACAACGCAGGCCAGGCCGCUGGCCUGCGGUGGGGGUGCAGCGCCGGUCCCCAAGCGUCCCGCUGUCCGCAGCUAAUACUUUGCCCAGUCUAGGUGCUAGUAAGCCCUACUUGUAGUCACACCCCCUUCUC